UGCGGGCGGCCAGCCGAUUUGGGGGGUGGGGCUGGUUCGGUUGAUUGUGAUGGCGAUUCUAAACUUCUUCUUUUUGCUGUUGCCGGUGCUUGGUCACGCUUGCCGUGUAGACCUCGACUGUGGCUUGGGCCGAUGUGUGCAGGGAGGGACGGUAGGUACGAAUGCAGUUGUCCAGCAGGCCACGGGGGCAAGAGAUGUGAGGCCGUCUUACGGUUGAAGAGGUCUGCAGCCGAGACCUCUCCAUGUCCCUGCUUGAACGGAGAUGACUGCACCAACUUCAGUGGAGAUGGGAGCGAGCCGAAAACGACCACUGUUUCUCCCUGUAUCCCCACACAAAAAUUACCAAGCGAUGGAGGCUGUACCGGUGGAAAAGAUGUAUGGGGUUUUGUCUGGCCCAAUGCAGCAAAUGAUGAAACAGUUGAUGUUCCUUGCCCUGACGGACAAGAAAGAGCCAGCAGAGUGUGUAUUAAUGGGGUGUGGAAGGCAGCCCAAGUCCUGGAGUGUGACAGCACUGGCUUUGUUGAAACUCUGACUAAGGCUGAAGAGGUGUUUCGUGAAGAUAGUAGAGAUCUUAACGUAAGACUCAAUGAGACUGCAGAGAUCAUGAGGAGCUUGCUGCAGCUCAUUCAACCAAGGGAAGGUCUAUCUCAUCUCCCAGGGGACCUCAACAGCACCAAUGCCAUCGCCUCUGGAGUUCUGACUCUCCUGGAGGACUUGCUGGUGCCUGGCAGCAAUGUCACAUCUGUCCCAAACCAGCGUAUAUUUGCUGUGUUUAAUACUGCACUACAUCCAAACAAUGCUCAAGGAUGGAUGACCCUCCAAGAUGCAAAGGGAGGGGCAUCUAAGUUUCUGGACAACAUGGAGCGCUAUGGCCUCUACCUCUCUUUGGUUGCUCCAGACACAGAGUCAAGAACUGUUCACCAAGACGAUAAUUUUGUUAUUGGUGUGAUUCGUCACUCUGCGAUGUUAAACGCCUCGUCUGUGACUUUCCCCGAGUCUUUGGAUGAGCUGGAGAACACAUCAUACUCUGCCAUCACUGCACAGAUAUCCAUUCCUUCCACCCUACUCCUGGACAGGAAGGCUGAGGGAGGUAGGUAUCAUGGUGGACAUGCAUCACAUGGUCUAUUGUUACAUGCGUCAGAUAAUAUGUAGAGUAAGCCCUGGCUGCUGAGCUGCUGAGCUGCUCUUGGAAGAGGGUACUCGGUCUAGUGCAAAGUUAGAAUCACACCCAGGAAAGCUUCCUGGUAAAACUGUGCACUUGAGGUGUAUUUUACCUAGCAAACUUGUAGUGUCUCAUUUUAUGUAUAGUUGUGUCCUUGCUACAUAAUGCCCAUUUUACAGCUAAUACAGCUCCAGUGGCUGGCAGCAUUGCUCAAGGAAUGGAAACUGCCCUCCUUCCCACUGCUCUGGGACCGACAUGGAGUGUUGCUUCUCAGGUGAUCUCUGCUCAGGUGGCUCAACGGAGAAUGAGGUCAUCAACUCCUAUCAACGUUACCUUCACCUUUAACUCUGUUACGAGUGCCUCAGAGUUUCGAUGCGGCUACUGGAAUUUCUCCGAACAUUGUCUGAGGAAGAGCUGAAAGCACUGAUGGUGGUGUCAAACAUAGGGUGUGCCAUCUCCCUGGCCUGCCUGUUUCUGGCCAUCAUCUACUACCUAACCAUCUGGAAGGAAAUGUUUGAGAAAGUUAACUACUUCAUUCAUUUCAACCUUGCCAUUGCCUUGUUCCUUGCCUAUUUCCUGUUUGUUCUGGCUAUUCAACUUGCCCGAGAGAAUGAGGGGGCAUGCAUAUUUGUGGCAGCACUUUUGCAGUACCUCUUCCUAUCAGCCUUCUGUUGGAUGAUGUGUGAGGGGAUCAUGCUCUACCUCAUGUUGGUGGUGGUGUUCAGCACUCUCUCCAAGAAAUGGUGGUUUUUCCUACUACUUGGCUGGGUGCCAGCACUAGUGCCAGUGGUGGUUGGACUGGCUACUAGCCACAGGCAGUAUGGAGUAAAGAACAGCAGUGGACAACUAGAAUACUGCUGGUUGUCGACCAAUGAAGGGAUCAUCUGGGCCUUUAUAGCUCCCAUGCUUCUCAUUAUCAUUAUCAACUCGGUGUUCCUUGUGAUAGCUCUGGUGAGGGUACUGCAGGCCAGAAGAAGACAGGCACUCAAGAAAAGCUCAAAGGUGUCUGUAAACUUGGACCUCUUCAAGGCGCUGUUUCGUGCGACUGUUGUUCUGCUUCCGAUGCUGGGGCUGACAUGGGUGUUUGGACUGUUUGCUGUCAACCAGAACACCUCGUGGUUUGCCUGGCUCUUCACCAUCUUCAACACACUCCAGGGUUGCUUCAUAUUCAUUUUUCAUGUUGUGCUCAGCGACAAAUUUUGGAACAAUUCUCAUAUCAAGAAAAUGAGGAGAAGUGUAGCGUCAUCGUUGAGGUCAUCUCAAUUUGGAUCCACGGUCUACUCCACCAUAAAGAGAUCAAGCACAAGGCAAAGCAGUUCAAAGGUUGAGAGAUAUUCUUCAACUGUGGGUGCUCAAUUAGACUCUCUUUCUGAGCCUUCAAGUGAUGUGCCAACUGUGAAUAAAGACCCUGACAAGCUGGAGGAGAAGACUAAAGCUAUGGAAAUGGCACCUCUCGAUCCCAAAGCUGAACAAAAUGUGACAAACUGAAAAAAAACUAUUGCACAUGCUUUGAUGUACAUUGAUGCUAUUGUUUUUUUGAAU